CACAUCAGAGCCUCUCGCGGAUUGUGGAGAGGAAUAGAGAAGCCAGCAAGCGCCUGCAGUUACACCUUGUACACAGAUGGCCGUGUGACUCCUAGCUUGUAAAUUAUGUACAUAAAUUAACGUCUGAAGGUAUCUGCGUGUAUAAGUGUAUAUACAUUUAUGUCGCCAUAUCGACGGUUGACGGGGAAAUCUGUACAUCAAAGAUCAGACCAACGAAAGGCAAGCAUCAUCUGUGUGGCACGUACCGUUAGACUUCCAGCCUGCUCUAGAAUAGAUUUAGAAAGACUCGACUCUAGUUGGGAUUUUCAAACUUGGAUUUACCGACACGCACUAAUGGUGAAGCUUAAUUUUAAAAAAGGAUAUAAUUUGAAAAUGUGUCGUAUCUCGCAUAAUUUGAUAGAAUAUUGAUGUUAAAACAAUUAUAGCCAAUGAAGUGCAAUUUAAAGGUCGCUUGAGUAACGUUUGAAAUAAUUUGUGUAGCUACAUAACGGAAUAUAAAUUAUAGGGCUUGGUUAGCUAGCUUGCUAGCUGUCUGGUUUACCAGUUUGUCUAAAAUAAUCAGAACGGACGUCAACGAGAUGAUACAUUUAGGAUUUACCUGAGGAGAUUCACCUUAAGACUUUGAAGGAGAGGAUUAUCUAGAAGAGGAGGAAGAGGCCCUAGCUUCCCUUAGCUUACCUCUCUUUCCCAGAGACAUUAAACACUGUCCUCUGCCUCAGCAUGUGUAUAUAGUAAGGUUGGCUGAGGUGAGGCUUUAUUGAGGUGCCUAUUGAGUUUAGUCCCCUUGGUAAGGUGCACAGGAAAGGGUAUGCACUGUAGGAGAUGGCGAGAAAGAAAGUAAGGACAGAAAGCUAGGACGGAGUGGAGAUAAGAAGCACUGUGCUGCUCAUCCUCUUUAUGCCUCUGUAAAGACUCUAAAGAAAGGAGAGAGGAGGAAGGGAGCCUCUAGUGGCAGGGCCCAGCCCCGUAGUCACCAGCAACACUGGAAGAACAGCAUCCAGAGAACCUAGAAGGUGGGUAAGAAGAGGACCACAGAAAGAGAGGAGAGACGGGGACUGAACGAGAACCAGAGGGUCGGAGGAGGAGAGGACGGGGAGCAGGAGGGGCAUCCCCAUGGCGACGGACCCUGGAGAACCCACGGGGACAGAGGACUCCUCAGAUAAACCUGAUGGAGCGCGAGAGGAGGAGACAGAGCAGGAGCAGGAGGAUGGCAGGAGGGAAAGGACGCAAAGUACCCCCUCUGACUUCCCCUCCUCCCAGGCCCAGGAGAGGAGAGCCGCCGAGGGUAGGGAUACAGGAGAAGGACCAAGAGGAGGCGGAAGCAGAGGAGGGCGAGGAGAGAUGGAGGACAGAGAUGUUAAGGAAGAGGAGAUACCUCCGUUUAGACCUAUGUCUCUCUCCACACCCUCAUCCCCGGCUGCGACCGUGGUGGCUUCAGGGUCAAGAGGUCAUGGGCCGAGGCUGAGGAGUGAGAAGCGUUUCUUCAGGAAGAGUGUGGAGAUCUGCGAGGAGGAGGACGAGGUGGCGGCGAACCCCCCAGAGGUCUCCCACUCCGCCCCCCACCUGGAUUCAGUCUUCACUCUCAUCGGGGCCCAGGCCCCUACCGCCGCUUCAGCUUCCGCAGCCCUAGGACACGACACCGCUCACCAUGACCCAUCCAGCCCCAGCACCACCCAGGACCCCGGGGCCAAGGACACCCCCUCCUCCGCCCCUGCCCAGACGUGGAAGGAGAGGGACAGGGAGCAGGAGGAGGAGGCAGAGAUGAAGGCCGUGGCCACCUCGCCAGGGGGGAGGUUUCUGAAGUUUGACAUUGAGCUGGGGAGGGGAGCCUUUAAGACCGUUUACAAAGGCCUAGACACUGAGACCUGGGUGGAGGUGGCCUGGUGCGAACUACAGGACCGUAAGCUGACCAAGGCAGAGCAGCAGCGUUUUAAGGAGGAGGCAGAGAUGCUGAAGGGGCUCCAGCAUCCUAACAUUGUCCGUUUCUAUGACUCCUGGGAGUCAGUGCUGCGAGGGAAGAAGUGCAUCGUCCUGGUCACCGAACUCAUGACCUCGGGGACACUCAAAACGUAUCUGAAGCGCUUCAAGGUGAUGAAGCCUAAGGUCCUGAGGAGCUGGUGUCGUCAGAUCCUGAAGGGCCUCCAGUUCCUCCACACCCGGACCCCUCCCAUCAUUCACAGGGACCUGAAGUGUGACAACAUCUUCAUCACGGGCCCCACCGGCUCCGUCAAGAUAGGAGACCUUGGACUGGCCACUCUCAUGAGGACCUCCUUUGCUAAGAGUGUCAUAGGUACACCUGAGUUCAUGGCUCCAGAGAUGUACGAGGAACAUUAUGACGAGUCAGUGGAUGUCUAUGCCUUUGGGAUGUGCAUGUUGGAGAUGGCCACCUCAGAAUACCCCUACUCAGAGUGCCAGAAUGCUGCACAGAUCUACCGUAAAGUCACCAGCGGUAUAAAACCAGCCAGCUUUGAUAAAGUCAACGACCCAGAGAUUAAAGAGAUCAUCGAGUGCUGCAUCCGCCAAGACAAGAAUCAGAGGCUGUCCAUCCGGGACCUGUUGACCCACGCCUUCUUUGGGGAGGACACUGGGGUGCGUGUGGAGCUGGCGGAGGAGGACAUGGGGUAUCAGGAGUGUCUGGCCCUCAGGAUCUGGGUGGAGGAUCCCAAGAAGCUGAAGGGCAAACACAAAGACAACGAGGCCAUUGAGUUCAGUUAUGACCUGGAGAAUGACAGCGCAGAAGAGGUGGCUCUGGAGAUGGUGAAGUCGGGCUUCUUCCAUGAGAGCGAUGCUAAAGUGGUGGGAAAAUCUAUCCGCGACCGUGUCACACUCAUCAAGAAGUCCCGUGAGAGACGCCAGCAGCAGCUGCUCCAACAGCAGCAAGGCUUUGAUGAGAGACGGGACUCCACCCUUACCUCCUCCUACACCAGCUCUUACCCCUCCUGCACCUUCUCCCUGGGGCCUGGGGUGGCUGGGCUGACAGGACGAGGCGGGGGAGGUGGUUGGCAAGGGGAGGCUGAGGAGAUACCAGAGGUAGAUCAGCAUAUGAGGCAACAGCAGCAGAUCCACAGUGGGAAUCCUCUGAGCCUGCCCACAGGAGAGGAGAGCAUUGUUUCAGCCAGCUGUGAGUCCAAUGCCAAUGGCCAGAGCCAGGCGUACCCUCAGCAACGGGAGUCCUACGUGCUUUCUCAAUCCAACCUCCCUGCUGCUGCUUCGGAAAUUUUGGCCCACACCCAAAUUUUCCCAAUUAGUCAGAGCAGAGGAGUUCCGAAUGUGCUUAUUGGUCAGAGUAGUGGGAUUUCCGGCAUGUCCAUUGGCCAAAGUGGUGGUGGGGCUCCUGAUGGUCAGCAGACUUACGUUCAGCCUGUUGCCAUGCCAACACAGGUUUCACCAGGUGUACCACAGCAGUAUUCUCAGUCAUACCACUCAGAUGGGUCACAGAUUGCACAUAUGGCCCCUUCCCUGUCCUACGCACCCCCAGCCUCCCCCCAAGCCCAGCUCAACAUCCUCCCAGCUCCCAUGUUAGCGGGGGACCCAACAGGACGAGUGGGGGCCAUGGUCCCUCUCCCACAACAGGCCCAGGCCAACGUCACUCCCAAUGUCAUCCAGAUGACACCCCAGCCUUUAACCCAGCAAGCACUGCCUGACAUGAUCCCACAGCAGCAGACCAUUGUUCAACAACAACAACAACAGAUACUGAUGGAGCAACAGCAGCAGCAGCAAAUGGAGGCUCAACAAGCCGCCCUGCUUCAGCAUCAUCAACAACAUCAUCAACAACAGACCAGUGGAAUUCCCCAGAACCAGGCAGUACUGAUACAGCAACAGAUGGAACAACAACAGACCAGUGGAAUUCCCCAGAACCAGGCGAUACUGAUACAGCAACAGAUGGAACAACAACAGACCAGUGGAAUUCCCCAGAACCAGGCGAUACUGAUACAGCAACAGAUGGAACAACAACAGACCAGUGGAAUUCCCCAGAACCAGGCGGUACUGAUACAGCAACAGAUGGAACAACAACAGACCAGUGGAAUUCCCCAGAACCAGGCGGUACUGAUACAGCAACAGAUGGAACAACAACAGACCAGUGGAAUUCCCCAGAACCAGGCGGUACUGAUACAGCAACAGAUGGAACAACAACAGACCAGUGGAAUUCCCCAGAACCAGGCGGUACUGAUACAGCAACAGAUGGAACAACAGCAGCAGCAGCAGCAGCAACAGCAGACUAUAGCAACCCAACAGCAGCAAACUACUGAGCCACAGCAGCAAGUGUAUGUGCAGCAAGCUUUGGUUCAGCAGCAGCAGGCCUUACAACACCAACAAUCAAUGGAACAACAGCAACAACACCAACAAUCAGUGGAACAACAGCAACAUCAGGCCUUACUACACCAACAAUCAAUGGAACAACAGCAGCAUCAGGCCUUACAACACCAACAAUCAAUGGAUCAACAGCAGCAUCAGGCCUUACAACACCAACAAUCAAUGGAACAACAGCAACAUCAGGCCUUACAACACCAACAAUCAAUGGAACAACAGCAACAUCAGGCCUUACAACACCAACAAUCAAUGGAUCAACAGCAACAUCAGGCCUUACAACACCAACAAUCAAUGGAACAACAGCAGCAUCAGGCCUUACAACACCAACAAUCAAUGGAACAACAGCAGCAUCAGGCCUUACAACACCAACAAUCAAUGGAACAACAGCAGCAUCAGGCCUUACAACACCAACAAUCAAUGGAACAACAGCAGCAUCAGGCCUUACAACACCAACAAUCAAUGGAACAACAGCAGCAGCAACAACAGGCGUUGUCUUUGCAGCAACAGAAAUUGGAUCAAACCCAAGCCUAUGCGCAACCACCACAAAUCGACGUACAACAGCAGCAACAACUGCAGCAGCAGCAACAGCAGCAAAUAUUGUUACUACACCAACAACACCAGAUAGAACAUCAGCAACAACAACAAGCAAUGUUAUUAGAACAACAACAGCAAGUGUACAUACAACAGCAGCUUGAGCAACAGCAGCAACAGGCUUUGCUACAACAGCAACAACAGGCGCAACUACAACAGCACCAACUGGAGCAGCAGCAAGCGUUGUUACAACAGCAGAUAUUUGAGCAACAGCAGCAGCAAGCGCUGUUACAACAGCAGCAACAAGAGCAGCAGCAACAGCAAGCCUUAAAGCAACAGCAACAACAGGCACAACUACAACAGCACCAGCUAGAGCAACAGCAAGCGCUCCUACAGCAACAACAGACAACAACAACAACAACAACUGGAGGCUCACCAAGUGAGCCAGAUACAACAACCACAAAUGGAUUUACAACAGCUGCAACAACAACAGCAAGCUGUGCUGAAACAACCCACCCAACUACAACAACAGGUGGUCGUCAGUCAUCCAGUCAACCCACAGCACCAGCAGGCUGUGCUCAAGCAACAGUUGGAACAACAGCAAGCCAUGCUACAACAGCAACAGCUUCAACAGCAACAAGUGAUUUUACAGAAGCAGCAAUUGGAGCAACAACAGCAGCAAGCUCUGUUACAACAACAGAUUGUCACACUAGCCUAACCCAGCAGCAACUGACAGAACAACAGCAAGUGGUGCUGAUACUACAACAACAACAGCAACAACAACAACCUAUCUUACUGGAGCAACAACAAGAAGCGUUCGCCCAACAACAUCAGCAGCACCAUCAGAGCUCUGUCAUUGAACCUCAGCCUCAAAUCCCCCUUAUAGCCCCAGCCAUACCAGCAGCAGAGGUUACACAGGCCAUUCAGGUCCAAGCUCAGAUGGCCGCCCAGGGUCAGGAAGUCAUACCUGUAGCCAUUCAGCUACAGAUUUCCAGCAAAGCUCUACCGGCUGUAGUGCAAGCCCAUGCCCAAGUCCUGGCCCAGAUUCAAGCUCGGAAUGAAGCUCACCCUCAGAGCCAGGGCAAUGUCUCAGUCCCAGUACUACAGGCCCAGCCCCAGCCUCCACACCAAGCCCAGCCCCAGCCUCCACACCAAGCCCAGCCCCAGAUGAUCGAGGUCCAGAUUCCAUCUCACAUGGUGGCCCCAAUCCAGACACCAAGUCCUCCGAUCCCUAUCCAGCCUCAGGUUCCUCUGGUACAGGCUCCCCAUCAGAUGCCAGCUCUAAUACAGGCCCAGGCGCCAGGGCAGUCAGUCAUCCAGCAGACUCCCCAGCCUUUGCAUCCAACCCAGGCCCUGACUCAGACUCAGAUUCCAGAAGUUCUUGAGACUCAGAUGAUGCCUCCUAAGCAGCAGAGCACAGCUCUGGUCCAACCCCAACCUCCAGUCUCAAUACCCCCCAUGCAAAGCCAGGUCCAGCCUCAACCCCAGCACCAGUCUCUAGUGCAGCCCAGUGUUCAACUUCCAGAGGUGGUGCAGCCUCAACUCCAGCACCAGGCCGGCCUAUUGGCACCGCAGGACACAAACACAACAACAACAACAACAGCAGAUACUGAUGGAUCAACAACAGGAGAUCACUCAACAAGUACCACAACAACAACAACAACAGCAGAUACUGAUGGAUCAACAACAGGAGAUCACUCAACAAGUACCACAACAACAACAACAACAGCAGAUACUGAUGGAUCAACAACAGGAGAUCACUCAACAAGUACCACACAACAACAACAACAACAACAGCAGAUACUGAUGGAUCAACAACAGGAGAUCACUCAACAAGUACCACAACAACAACAACAGAUACUAAUGGAUCAACAACAGGGGAUCACUCAACGAGUAACACAACAACAACAGCAGAUACUGAUGGAUCAACAACAGUCCAUGCUGCAGAACCAGCAGAUGAUGCUGUCCCCUGGAUCUGUUGAUGUUGGAACUGUCCCUGCAGCCCCUGCAGCCAAGGUCAUAGACCCUACCACCUUGGUCUCUGCUUCGUCCCAACACAUACAACAACAGACUGGACAAGCUCCAGCUCCAGCCCCCAUCCAGCUGGCUCUGCAGUCCCUUCCCCCUCAGCAGCAACAAGUCUCAAUUCCCCCUCUCAACCCAAGUCAACUGGCUUCUCCGCUUCCUCAGAUCCCCCCACAUCUGUUGCCCCAGCAGCCCACUGUUAACCCAGCACAGAUAGCAGCCCCCAGUAACGUGCCCCAGCUCGGGACUCAGACUAGAGCCCUACCCCUCUACAGUCCGGUAGGAGCAGGAGGUCCUCCACCAUCCCCCCAGCACCAGGCUCAGCUGACGCAGCUGCUACCCGCCCACACACACACCCAGACGGCCAUGCAAGCUCUCGCAAACACUCACACCCAGACACUGGCCCAGACGAAGGUCCACACUGAGACCCAGCUCGCUGAGGCCGCAUCGGUGGCUGCCACCACCGAGCAACAACACCCUCCGAAUCACCCCCAGGCUACUUCCCUCCCUCUUCCACACAUGUCCCCCUGCCCCACUCAUACAGCAUCUCACCCCCACCCUGCCUCCUUGCCACCUCUCCAUCCUGCUACCCCUGGCACAGAGACCCAGCCCACCCCACCAGAGAGUCAGCUAACCCUGCCUGGCCUGGCUGAUGGCCCCCUGGGCCCCACUUCUCCCCCGCCUGUUGCCGCCGCUGCUUCCCAGCCCCUUGAUUCUAACGCCCCCUCGCUGCUGCCCCCAACCUCAACCUCGCUCCCAGACUGUGACCCUGCUCUGCUGAGCAUUGCUCAGGAGAGUCCGAAAUCGUCUGGCACAGAGAGACACUCCACUUCAGGCUCUGUUCCAGCCAAUGGGGAUGGGGAUUUACAGAUGUUGGCCAAUGAGAAACUAGAGAGGGUGAAGUCUCAGAGGAGAUUGUCCUAUCGGGGGCCAGAAAAAGGAUCACAUGCAUUUCAACUGACCAUGAUUCAGGUGUCCGGCUCUGGGGACAACAUGGUGGAGUGUCAGCUGGAAACCCACAGCAACAAGAUGGUCACCUUCAAGUUCGACACUGAGGGAGACGCACCUGAAGACAUCGCAGAUUACAUGGUGGAGGAGGAUUUUGUCCGUGAAUCAGAGAAAGAGACAUUUGUGGAAGAGCUGAGGUCCAUUGUCAAGAGAACGCAGGAAAUUCUCCUCACACAUCAACAGACUGGCUCUAUGGAACAGCUGCAUGUGAGCACUCCAACAGGCACAGCAAUGGACGGGGCGCCCCAGUCGUCUCCGGUGGGCAGGUGGAGGUUCUUCAUCAACCAGACCAUCAGACACAGAGACUCCACGUCCAACCAGGGAGGAGCGUCCACCCCUCCACCUCUCUCGACCGGCGAGGUCAGGGUGCCUCAGUCUACAGACACUGACAGAGAGUGGGAUGGAGGAUCCCAGAGAUCGGACUCCUCCUUUGCUGAAAUGGUUUCCUCUCCUCCUAUCUGCCCCACCUCCACCUUGUGUGCCCUGGCCUCUGCCUCCUCCCCCCCUGCCUCCACCUGCGUCUCCACCGUUUCUACCCCUGCCUCCAUGUCUGCCCCCCCAGCCACUGCUGCCCCCACUCCUGACACGACUGCCUCUGCUGCCUCUGACAGAAGUGUUUCUGACCUGGCUUCUACUAGUGCAGCUGUUGCCUCAGUCCUACACCCAGUCCCCGCUGCCUCAGCUGGCCUAGACCUGCAGGCUUCCAUCCACCAAACUUCCAGUACAACCACAGCAACAUCCUCCAUUCCAACCCAUGUCCCAAACACCGCUACCAACCUCCCAGUCCCUGCCAUGGUAGCUGCUUCUGCCACCAUUGCUCCCUCUACCACAGGCUGUCUAACUGAAGCUCUGACCUGCUCCAUGGCGAGCCAGGACCAAGGACCAAGCCUGGGGGAUGUAGUAAUGAUGGCAGCCCCAGGGCAGUGUGUGUCUGGAGGGGGCCACUCAUCCACCGGCUCCAUCAACCCUCCAGUGGCUGUGGCUACAGCUGUGGCCUCUCCUCCUGCCAGCCAUGCAGGUCUGGAGCAGCAGCAAAACACUCUGCCUCAGAUUCAGUGCAUGUCAGCUCAGCCUCAGGCUGUGCCUCAGAUUCAGUGCAUGGCAGCCCAGCCUCAGGCUCUGCCUCAGAUUCAGUGCACGUCAGCCCAGCCUCAGGCUCUGCCUCAGAUUCAGUGCAAGGCAGCCCAGCCUCAGGCUCUGCCUCAGAUUCAGUGCAUGGCAGCCCAGCCUCAAGCUCUGCCUCAGGCCCAGGUCCAGUUACAACAGCAGCUCCAGACAAUGCAACAGCAGCAACAGCAACAACAAAACCUGCAGGCUGUGCAACUCCAACAGGUACAGCAACAACAGCAAGUGUACCAAGAGCAGAUACAACUGCAGCAGCAGCAGCAGCAACAAGCAUUGCAAAAAUCUAUUGAACAGUUGCAGAUGCUGCAACAGCAACAACUACAGCCACAACAACAACAUCAACAACAACAGCAGCAGCAGCAGUCUCAGCUACAUUUACAGCCCCAGCUCAGUCAGACAAAGCCACUACAAAAACAGUGUAUGUCCCUGCAACCACAGACAGAGAUGUUGCCACUGGCACUACAACAACAGAUACAGCAACUGCCUGUCCAAAUGCAGAACACACAGUGCAACACACAGUUACACAUGCAACAGCCACAGCUACACCAGUUACCACCACAACAACAACACCAGUUACCACCACAACAACAACAACAGCCACAGCUACACCAGUUACCACCACAACAACAGCCACAGCUACACCAACAACAACAACAACAGCCACACCAGUUACCACCACAACAACAGCUACACCAGUUACCACCACAACAACAACAGCCACACCAGUUACCACCACAACAACAGCCACACCAGUUACCACCACAACAACAACCACAGCUACACCAGUUACCACCACAACAACAGCAACAGGCAGCGAUUGACCUGCAGCAACAGCAACAGUUAGGUCUGGAACAGGCACUAGAUAUUCAGCAGCAACAGGAAAUGCUCCAACAACAACAGUCUUUUAUGGCUGGAACUGCCAUACAGGGAGAUGUGUUACAGCAGCAACCUACGCUGCUAGCCCAGUCAGUGAACCAACAGUAUGUCCAACAACAACCAGUACAGCUACUAAACAUGGCACUGGUGAAACAACAGCAACAAGAGGUUAACCCUCAGCAGAAGCAUCAGGUGCCCCAGCAGGAGCAGCCGUCGUUCCAACAGUCAGAGUGGGAGCUGUCUACAUGGGAGGCCAUUGUGACCGAGGAUAAAGUCAGUCACUCUGCCCCUCUACACCACUCCUCAGACUCCACUCUGCCACUCAACAUUAACACAACCUCCGAUGCCCCCCUACACCCCCUCUCCCUCACCCUGACACCCUCCCCGGUCCAACCAUCCUCUGUGGCUGAGUCGGACAGCGAGGGUCCUCCCAAAAUCGAGUUUGUAGACAACCGCAUUAAGACUCUGGAUGAAAAGCUGAGGAACUUGUUGUAUCAGGAGUAUAGUAGUGGGGCAGCUGUGACGGGGGGAGCUGCUGUGGUUUCUACCGCAGGUCCCACCGCAGUGUCAGCAGCCUCCACAUCGGCAGGAGGGGUCAAAUCCUCGGAGCCGCCCUCGCUCCAUCCCUCCUCCUUCCCUACUCCUGCCUCCUCCUCCUCAGACACCUCUCCUCAUUCCUCCUCCUCCACCACCUCCUCCACCACCUCCCGCUCCUCCUCUACCUCUCCUGACCUGGAGAGGGGGAGAGGAGUGGGGGAGGAGGCUCCUCCAACAGACCCGGUGGAGCAGCAGCCCGCCCCGUCUCUUUCCUCCGCCUCCCCCCCUUCCUCUCCCCUGGCCCUGCCACAUGGACACUCUGCCGGGCCCCCGCCUAUCCCUGGAGAACCCACCGUUCUUGCUGCCCCCUCUCACUCUGACACCAGUACCCCAGGAGAAGUCACUACGUGGCCCCCCAAUCUGCACCCCAUCCCCCUGGGCCAUGGACCGCCACAGCAUAAUGCAGGAGGUGGAUAUUUUGGCCUAAACCUGACAUGUCCUAGUAUCAGAAAUCCCGUUAGCAAGAAAUCCUGGACUCGCAAAUUCAAAAGCUGGGCAUGCAAACUGCGCCACUCCGCCAGCUUGUUCAAGAAGCCCAGAGUCAAGCAAGAUGGUCACUCUAGAGGCAGCCAGGCAGUCAGAGAGGGAGCUUCCUCCAACCCUACCCACUCACUCAAGGGACGAUUUCGGGUCACCGCAGUGCCCCAGCUCCCCGAGGCCUCUCCCCCCAAAGAGGCAGGCUCCAGUAUAGGCAGCAGUCACAGGAAAGUGGGGCGCUUCUCUGUCACCCAGACGGAGGCCCAAAAAGAGGAGAAAGAGCUAACAGACAGCUCUCCUGUGUCUCCUGACCUGGAGAGAGAAAGGAGGAGGACCCGAGGGAAAGAGGGAGAGGAGGGGAAGAAGAACCCAGCACUCAGCCACCCACCCCGAGGACAUGGGCAUGGUCACUCACCCCUAGGCAGUAGUGAUGAUGAGGAGAGUGAAAUGGGGGAUGAAGACCUGAGGAAGGAGCUGCACAAGCUGAGAGAGAAACACAUCAAGGAGGUGGUGUCCCUGCAGGCUCAGCAGAACACAGAGCUCCAGCAGCUGUACAAACAGCUCCGCUCCCUCAAAGACCACCGGCCGACCCUGCCUCUGCCCCGCACCCCAACCCUCCCCUCGGGAGCGGCAGCCCUCUCCCCCCGCAGGCCCGGCCCGGCCAAAGCCAAGCUCCGGCCCAGAACCCACUCCCACAUAGACAACAAUGGAGUCACUGGUCACCCUGGUAUCCAGCAGUCCAGUAGUUUUUCAGGCGGAGAACAGAGCAGACUACCACCGUACUGCAACCCAGAACACACCAGUCUACUGACUACUAAAAGAGACCACAGUCCUCCCUCCCAAGAUGCCAGGAAGAGCACGUUCACAGAUGACUUGCACAGACUGGUUGAUGAUUGGACAAAGGAGACAGUGGGUCCCACCCAUCCCAAGCCCUCGCUCAAUCAGAUCAAGCAGAUUCAGCAGGUGCAGGAGUUGAGAGGCUGGCCACAGCCCACAGAGGUGGCUCCUCCAGGUUGGUUCCCUGUGGCACCACUGAACCCCCAGGCCUCCCCAGCCCCAGCUCAGUACACUGCUGGGGGGAGCCUGAGCCAGUGGAGUGGGGUGGGGGGACCACCAGGAUCACAGCAACAACAAACGCACAUGCCUCAAGUCCCACAGCUGCAGCAAAGUUUACAUCUCCAGCAAGCCCAGCCUCCUCACCCAUUACAGAUACAGCAAUCACCUCUAUGCCUACAACAACAGCCCCUAAUCCAGACUCCACUAUUGUCUCAGUCCCCGGCUCCUGUACAGCCACAGACUGGGCAACAACAGAUACCCAAGCAGCCCAAUGUCGGUGUAGGAGCCUCACCACAGAAUCAGAAUCAACCUCCGUUGCCUUCCCAGAUACCCCAAAUGGCCCCGUCAUCUCAGCUGGCCCUAGCCCAGCCUGGGUGUCUGAUUCCUGGGUCUAGCACAACCACGGUGGUGGGAACCAUAGACACUGGACCUGCUGCUGCUGCCACCGGUGGCCCCGGAGGGACAUUCUGCUCCUCCUCCUGCUGCUCUGCUGCUGCUCAACCAUCCAGUGCCAAACUUCACCCCACACCCCCAACCUCAACUCUUCCUCUGGGACAGCAGUAAAAUGAAGAAAAUAAAAAAAGGGAAGAGUGAUGUCGAUUAUGAUGGAACGAGGGAAGGAGAAAAAAGAUUGAGAGUGUGUAUGUUAUGAGAGGUAAUGUCUGAGAAUGAGAAAAUGGACGCCAGUGGGUUUGUAAAGAUGAGAUGGGGAGUGAAUGAGAGAGAUGGUUGAGUCUAUGUAGAGUAGAGUAGAGUAUGUACAGACAGAGGGAACAUUUGGAACUCUGGGGGGGGGUUAUUGUUGUGUUUGAGUGUUGAGAUGUACAAACUUACGUAACGUUUGUGUGUGUAUUUGUGUGUGUGUGUGUUUGUGUUGCCAUUGAUUUUCUCAAUACAUAUCUCUUGUGUGUUUUGACACCAAGUAACAGUCAUGUUAUUUUUUAAAUCCAACUAAGUUGGACCCUGAACUCUUCUCCCAAGUAGAGACAUGAAGGAACACAAACAUUAUGACAUUAUUAUUGUAUUUUUUAUUUUUAUUUGUCAAUGCUUACUUAUAUUGAAAAGGACUAUGGAUUUUAGAAGUGCAAUUACUAACUGUCAUCUAAAUGUUAUCAUCCUGUAUUGUCGUGAUUUGUCUGUAAGGCAUUUAACAAAAUAUUUUUGUAGAAGCACGUUGACAACAAUCAACCAGACAUUUACAAGCCAAUACAAUGAGCCAACAUCUUACAUGAAUAUAGCACAAAUGUUUCAACAGGCUACCAAUGAGAUGUAAAGCAGCUAAAAACAGCAUGUUACAGUAACACCACAGAGCAUGGUAAUAAUGGCUAUUAUCACUACCACAAUGUCACUAAGCACACUGUUGUACGGUGUAGUGCACUGGCAAGGCAUGUACUUUGUGUAUUGUUAUAUUUUACAUUGAUAAGUAGUGGUAACAACUAGGUUAGAAGAUUUAAAAUAACAAGUUGAUGAGUAACAUGAUUAAAUUCUGAUCAAUUGAUUUCCUUAAUACACUGAUAAAUUGAUUUCAUUGAUGAAUAUGUUCAGUGGGCUUUCAUUGAAAUCUUACUGAAUAAACACUCAUCGAGACUAAGACUGCAUGAUCUUACUGCUACAACAUACCUUGACUUGCCUGACUUUAGUGCAAUCUACUUACACGUGUGCUUAUAUAUAUAUAUAUAUCACGUCUGCUGCUGUGCACAACAGAAAACUCCAAGGUAACUUAUUGAUCAGGAAUAAAUCAAUGUUUUAUUUGAGCUAAAAUAAAUACAUUUGUUUUAGAUAAAUGUUUUAUUUCCUCUACCAGUCUCAGCCCUGCAUAUUGAAGGUGUCAUCCAAGGAAAACAAUGAUGAGAAAACAAACAAAAUGCUAAGUCAUUUCAUGGUAAUGGAGAACCCAUGUAAAUGUAUAGGGGCUGUUCUCAUAUUGCCUUCUACAAUUAAUACUUUACUGUGUGUGUGUGUGACUGUGCACCAAAAACGUGGACUAUGUACAAGAAGUGCUAUAGUUUCUAAAGGGUUCACCCUAUAUGGUGAAAAUACCCUCAGAUUAAAGCUGACAGUCUGCACUUUAACCACAUAUUAAUUUUAUAAUUUCCAAUCCAAAGUGCUGGAGUACAGAGCCGAAACAACACAUAAUGUGUCACUGCCUCAAUACUUUUAGAGCUCACUGUAUGAGAUAGACUGCUUCAUAGUGAAUUGAAAACUCACCAUAAAACUACUGAAAGUGGAAGGACGAAAACAAAACAUUGACAUUUCUAUUGGGGAGCUAAAACAGUUUGUGCUUACGCUUAUGGUUGUUCAAAAAGUAAAACCAUUGCAUAUGAAUAUAGAGUUUAACAUAAUGGUUUCCGGUAUUUUUUUGGGGAAUUUGACAACCCACAUUUUCACAGUACUAUAGUUGCUGAUUAUUAGUGGAGUGGAGGAAGUUACUGUGCUGUCAAGUCAAUACUAACAUGUUGACCAUAUGUCACAGCUUAAUGAUAUUCAUGAAAAGGAAAUGUGGAACUCACCCUUUCCUGAAGUGUUACCAAAAUGUAAUCUAAAAGAAGAAAAUAUUAUUUUUGUAUUUUGAAAUGGGGUUGUACAAAAUGUAAAAAUGGUGUUCUUCUGAUCAACAUUUAAAAUCUGAGGUUAUCUGAUACUAGAAAACAUUGGUUCUCAUCUCUGUUGAUGGAGUCCCUCCAUGCAUAUAUUAUGUUCCUCUUAGAUUAUGUGCUGAAACAGAGCUACGUCAUGUUUCAAUUACCAGAGGUUUAGUCAGCGUGGAUAUAAUCAUAGGGAUAUCUCAACUUGUUUUAUCUCUAUGGUAAUAUUGUCUUACAUUUCACAUCUUGACUCACUGGACAACAACAAAACGUUAUCAAGGGGCAGGCCUAGACUAUCUAUAGGCCAUUGGGAUCUUCUAUAUGACACAUACUUGAGUGUCCAGAUAUUACACUAGAUUGGGAACCAAUGAUUUAUAAAGAUAUUUAAUCAGAAAAAAACAUAAAUAAAACGUAUGUUGCUGGUGAUUUAGCCUCUGUAAAAUGUUAACUAAUUGAAUUGUUGAUUUUAUUUAUGUUUUGUAACUAAUCAAAAUAAAUGGUGUUAAACAUCAAACUGUUAA